GUCUGAAACUUUGCGUCGUGUUUUAUCAAGUGCGUAGCCUGCCGCCAGUUUUAGUGUUUAGUAAAGAUUAUUCUAUAGAAAUGUGUGAAGAGUGUUAUGACUGUAGUCAUUGACUUUCCCACUGGUUUUCAGAUGGUGUCUUGAAGGAUAUCGUGCCCCUGUCCCGUGAAGUCUGAAUCACGUGAUUGAUGGCAGCUCUGGCAGUUUUCCGUCACGUCUGCAGCGGUCCUCUGCUCUGGGGCUGGGGUCCCGUCCUGUGUGGCCUGCUGGGGUCUGUGUUUGUUCUGCUGCUGCCUUUAGCAGGAAUAGAAGAGCAAUGCUGUGCCUCACUGAAGGGUGUUGCUCUUCUGCGCUGUCGGCUGUGGGGGGGUGUGCAGCGGCCCGUGGUGCACACCACGAGUCUGACGGUCCCUUUCACUGCACUAGACCUCCUGCCACAGAGAGUCAAGCCCAGUAAAGAGACUCAGCUGGAGGCAAAGGCGGCUCUCCAGCAGGCUCUGGAGAUGAAGACAAAUGGCAAGAGGGAGAAAGCUCAUAAACUGCUUGUCCACGCGCUCAACAUGAACCCAGAGUUUGUGGAGGCGCUCACUGAAUUAGGAACCAUACUGGAGGAGGAAAAAGACGUGGUCCAAGCAGACCACCUGUACACCAAGGCCCUCACCAUCUCGCCCUGCAACGAGAAGGCUCUGGUGAGCAGGGAUCGCACACUCCCGUUAGUAGAGGAAAUAGAUCAGCGCCACUUUGGAAUCAUUGAUGGAAAAGUGCGACGUCUCAUGUCCAUAUCCAAAGGCAACUCUGCUCUGCGCCGAGUCAUGGAGGAGACCUACUACCAUCAUAUCUACCACACUGUAGCUAUUGAAGGCAACACGCUCACUCUGUCUGAGAUUCGUCACAUUAUUGAGACCAGAUACGCCGUUCCAGGAAAGAGUCUUCAAGAACAGAACGAGGCAAUUGGCGUCGACGUGGCCAUGAAGUACAUCAACACCACACUUCUGUCCCGUGCUGGAGCGAUCACUGUAAAUGACAUCCUAGACAUACACCAACGUGUCCUAGGCUUCGCCGAUCCCGUCGAAGCCGGCCGAUUACGUGUCAGCCAGGUGUUCGUGGGCCAUCACAUCCCACCACAUCCGCAGGACUUGGAGAAGCACAUGCAGGAGCUGGUGCAAUGGUUGAACUCGGAGGAAGCGCUGCAGCUGCACCCGGUGGAGUUCGCAGCUCUCGCACACUAUAAACUGGUUUACGUUCAUCCGUUCGUGGACGGGAACGGACGGACGUCUCGCCUGCUCAUGAAUUUAAUCCUAAUGCAAGCUAGUUAUCCGCCGAUCACCAUUCGGAAAGAGCAGAGGGCGGAGUAUUACACCGUCCUGGAUACUGCCAACGAGGGCGACGUCAGGCCCUUUAUUCGCUUUAUCGCGAAAUGCACUGAAAUUACACUUGAUACAUUACUAAUAGCCACAAGUGAGCAUGCAGUGGGGCUGCCCGGGACUAGUCAUCACGCCUGUCCUGACUGUAAACACACCAUAUCUGUGCAUAGCUGAUAGAUGUACACUGGCAAGUGGAAAAAGAUUGCAUGUGGAGUAAAUUGAGGUGCCAUAUAAGCCUCUGUACCGACCUUGUACUGCUAGCAGGGGACCUAAUUAAUAAACUGUUGAUCCAUUUGAA